GCUUGUGCCCGGGAUGUUUUAAGACCCUAGCAACUCUAGGGACCAUCCCUAUUACUACUUGUCACUUUGCUACCAUGUACCUCCAUUGUUUCUCCCCACCCCCUCCCUCUGCUGCGGGUCCUCACAUUUGUUUGCCAUUAGAUUGGGUGGGAGCAGGGAUUCCUCUGUUCUGCAUACACUUCACUGUGUCAGAUUUCUCCAUCGCCUCCUUUUUUUUUUUUUUGCAGGCUGAACCUGGAGCAGCAGAGCCAGAGAAGUAUAGGAGGAUGCAAACACUGACUUUUGCUUCUGAGCUCCUCACAACCAAGGAAGUUUGUCUAGGCUUCACACCAAAGGACGUUGCCUUUCGGGAUGAACUUCUUGCCGCUUCUGAUCAGGACUGAUAACGUCUAAGGAUAUGUUAUGGAGGAGAAAACCGCUCCAUUCCAGCCACAAGUUCCUCGAGACGUAGAUGGGGCUCUGAUUGUCUUCUAGGAAAAGAUGAGAAGAAGAAAUUAAGACACUUUUUUUAAUUCUUAACGAAGACCAUCCACCGCUGCUGGGAGUAAUUAGAGCAGUUAACGGGCUUUAGCCGGGUCGUCCUCGAGGGAACAAUGAGAGACUUAUUUUGUUUUUCAGACGAGCAGCUCCUACAAGAAGACGAUGACAUGCCCUCGUCUAGACACAGGCAGAAUGGUAGGACCAGGACCAACUGUGCCAAGUGCCAGAAGAACCUGUCCCUCCAGAACUCGGUGAAGGUUCUCUACGUCUUUGUGGUGAUUCUCAUCAUUGCUGUCAUCGUGUUAGCGUCGUUGGUUUUCAGGAAAGUCAAUUCCCUGUACGAUGACUUCAGCUCUGCAAAGUCCGGCUAUGAGAAGAAGAUUGUCUCCGUCCAAGUGGAUCUUCAGGAGCUCGAUAUAAAAUCAAUUGGAAACUGCUCCUACUGCCACGAUGCCACCUACUUGGGCCAAGAAAUCAGCAAACUUCAGGGGGAGUUGGAAGAGAUACAGAAGAUACUCUUGGCCCAGGACAUGCAACUGGACAAGACAUCUCAAAAUCAUCAGCUGCUCAUAGCCACCAACAGCAAAAUGGGCAAUCAGAUAGAGAGAAGUAACAUCUCCCUUCGACAGAUCAAUCAGACUUUGGGUCUUUUCCUGUCGCAGGUCAAAGGGUGGCAAACCACCGCAGCUGAGCUGGAAACUUCGGUGAAAAACUUGGUCCAGGAGAGGUAUGACAUCACAGCCGCCGUCCAGCAGAUAAAUUUUACUGUUGGGCAAACUUCGGAGUGGAUACAGGUUAUCCAGAGAAAAAACGAUGAGGAAACGUUGACCUUACAAAAAAUUGUCACUGACUGGCAAAAUUAUAGCAAAAUUUUGGGUGGAUUUAAAUCCACUUCUGUCAAAACCAUUGACCUGGUAAGAAACAUUCAAAGCAGCAUUACAGCCACAGCCCAACGUAUCACUAUGAACACGGAGGUCAUGCAUGAUCUGGUCCUACAAGUUAUGGGGCUUCAGCUCCAAUUGGACAACAUCACUUCUUUUCUUGAUGACCACGAAGAAAACAUGCAAGAUCUCCAGUAUCAUUCCAAGUACAUGCAAAAUAGGACUGUUGAGCGGUUCGAGAGCCUUGAGGGCAGGAUGUUUUCUCAUGAGACUGAAAUCGGGACUAUAUUCACAAAUAUCAAUGCUACUGACAACCACGUGCACAGCAUGUUGAAGUAUCUGGACGAUGUACGUCUCUCUUGCACACAUGGGUUCCAUUCUCAUGCUGAGGAACUGUACUACCUUAACAAGUCUGUCAGCCUCAUGCAAGGGGCCACCGAUUUGCUGAGAGAGAGGUUCAGUCUUAUGAAUGCUCGUCUAGAUUUUGAUGUUAGGAACCUUUCAAUGAUCAUGGAAGAAAUGAAACUGGUGGACAUCAAACAUGGGGACAUCCUACAGAAAGUCACAAUUGUGCAAGGUCUACCAGGACUUCCAGGUCCAAGAGGGAUUAAAGGUGAUAUGGGAGGAAAAGGACCCAUAGGCUUGAAGGGAGAAAAAGGUGACACAGGUGAAUUAGGCCCUCCAGGUCCUCAAGGGCCAAGGGGACCUAUCGGUGAAACUGGACCUAUAGGAGAGAAGGGUUCUAUUGGAAUUAAAGGAAGUUCAGGAAUUAAAGGUGAGAAGGGCAGUAUAGGUCCACCAGGUCCAAAAGGUCAGAAAGGAAUGAAAGGUGAUCCAAGUCCUCCUGGACCUAUUGGCCCUCCCGGUGCAAUAGGACCUCAAGGCUUGACUGGACUGCCAGGAUUUAUGGGACACCCUGGGUUGCAAGGGAUAGACGGACCAAUGGGCUUGAAAGGGGAAGCUGGUAUUCCAGGUCCUUCUGGUUUGCCCGGACCUCCUGGACCAAAAGGAAAAGCUGCCGUAUCAAAAUGAAUGUAUUUCCAAAAGACUUUUUGAACACAGAAUAACCCAUGAGUGGGGUAGAGAGUUGACUCAGUGCUGUAGAUACCAGACUUUGGACUCUAACCUUGGUCAUGAAGUUGUGGCUGGAACAUAAUCCAAUUUUUCCACAUAAUUCUACCGAAUCAUAUAAAAUAUAGACAUGUUUUUGUAGGAUGCAUUGCUGCAUUCAUUAUUCUCAUUCAAUAUUAGUAUCAUAUCUGUGUAGGUUCUUGACCUGUUCAGAUGCCCACCUGUCAAGAUCUCCAGUUUAAGCACACUGAGAAUUCAUAGCGAAUACUAUGCUUUUGUUCUGUCCUUACUGCUGCUCUCAGAGCUGCUUUCAAAUUUUUGCUGGUUGCCCUUGGAAACAGACUACACUUUGUUGACGGACACGUGACCUAACAGUUUAAAGGAAGACUCCAUAUUGUUCCAUGUGAAUUCUCCCAUAUAAUCCUGAAGUCUCACGUCAAUGCAGUAUAUUGUACGUUUCUGAACUAUAACAUACCAAGCUGAGUAUGGCUAAACCAUGAACUGGCAACAAUUAAGGAACGCUCUAUUGCUCCAUGCAGUGGGCUGGGUUUAGUUAUUGCCUGUGACAUGCUGCAUGCUACUGCACAGGCACAGCCUGCCACCUCCCCUGUGCAUUGGACCUACAAGGGUGUCUCCCUAGUGUUCUGCACACUGUUAAUAAGUAGGUGAGGUUAGAGGGUGGUAGGGAUGAUUUCAUGUGUUUUUGGAGUUUCUCCUUAACUUUAUGUGAUGUUUCUCCUUAACUUUAUUUCUGAAUGUGUUGUUCUUUGGUGUAAGCAAACCAGCAGAAUUUCAAAUGUGGCUUUAGAUGUAAUUUGAGAAGAAAUAGACCAUGUAACUGAGAUAAGUGAAAACCGAAAUGCCUGGUUGGCAAAUUGAUCUGUGACCUUCCCAUUUUCUGUGCAUCCAAGAAAACUAGUUGCCCUACUUUAGCAAACAGAAUUAAAAAUAUACAAAUCAAUGAGCCUAUUGCAUUCUAUUGGGCAGUAGAGCAGAAGACCCCAUGGACACGCGGUGAGAUACUUGCAUGUAAGCAAGGCUGGAGCUACAUAUCUUCUAGCUUGUUCCUUUUUCUUUGGAGGAUUGAUAGGACAUAUUGAGUGUUCUAUAUGUAUGUCGAACAGUUCGAACCUCUAUUGAAAGUCCUGUAUGGUUAAUUUCCAAAUGUAUGGAUACAAAUAUGAGGUCAAUGUACUCUUUUUUGUGUGUGUUAGUAUUGACAAAUUAAAGAAACACUCCAAGCAAAACUAAUAUACACUGUGUUAGCCUAGAGAAGGCCUGAGGGGGUGGUGCAUGACACAGCAGCAAUGAGAGAUUCCCUGUGUCAUGCUCCACCCUCAUCAGACCAUGCACUAGACAUAACACAAUGUAUCAGUUUUAACCAAAGUGUUCUGUUAAGAUGUUCAGAAUUGCAUUCCAAUAGAAUUUGCCUAAAAUGUUAUCACAUGUAGAUGGUUUCUGCAACCUCUCUUAGAAACUCUUGUUUAAUAUGUCUGCACUUGCUGGCUAAGUGCUUUUGAAAUAAGGUCUUCAUAGUCUAUUAAACAAAAGAUCCUCUUCAAUGGUCCAUCACAAAUAUAUAUGGGCGUUUUUUUUUUUGUUUUUCUUUAUGGAAUAUAGGAAAGU